AGACAAUGUCAAUAUUAUGUCAAUGAGAUUUUAAGAAAAACAAAAACAUGUGUUUUCAACUUUCUUAAAACUUUAUAACCUUUUAGUAAAGUUUAUUAAAAGUGCAUAAUAAUACCAGCCCCCUGUUACCAACGCUCAUUGUUUAGUGAUUGCAAGUGCUGAGUCUGAACUGAAAGCCGAUAAGUAUUGAAUACCUAAUUAUAAUAGCUACAAAAAGAGGCAGUUAACAACGUAAGAAAAAUGAUAGAACGCCAGGAGAACACACCACCAUCAUCCAUUAAUGGUGACGAAAUAGUGGGCAUGGACGACGACGGUAUAAUAUUCGAGGAAAUGGAGGAGGUGGAUUUUACGGAUGAAAUAUUUGAAGAAGUCGACGAUCAAGAGGAAGAAGACGAAGAAAUGGAGAAGCCAGAGGAUCUCGCCGCACUGGUGUUCGAUAAGCACAAUGGCUCAGUGUUCUGCUGCGAUCUUCACCCUAAUGGAAAACUUGCAGCGACAGGCGGCGAAGACGACAAAGCUUAUGUGUGGUCAACUGAACACGGGCAGACCAUAAUGAACUGCACUGGCCAUAAAGACUCCGUAUUUUUCGUUGGUUUUAGUUAUGAUGGCGCAUGUUUAGCAACUGUUGAUAUGUCAGGGGUCAUUAAAGUUUGGAAAUGCAGAUUGGAUGACGACCAUCAAGUACCUUGGCCAAUUGCGUUUGAGUAUGAGGCUGAUGACCUCAGCUGGGCUCUCUGGCACUUUGGCUCUAGAGUUCUGAUAUGUGGUGCAAUGACUGGAGACAUAUACAUCUUUAAAAUACCUUCCGGUGAGGCUAAAGUAUUGAAGGGGCACACUAUAAGGACUGAAUGUGGAAAGAUUUUCCAUGAUGGAGUGCGGCUUGCAUCAGGUUAUAAGGAUGGAUCAUUAAAAAUCUGGGAUCUUAAAAGUGGAACAGUUCUACAGCACAUACCCCCUGGGACACAUGAUAUUUGGAUUAAUGCUAUUGAUGUACAUCCAGAAAACAGUCUCUUAGCAUCCAUAUCAACAGAUGGUAAAAUUGCUCUAAUAACACCAAGUAAUGGUAAAGUAGUGGAACAGAUGGACACAGAGAUUGACUUGGAAACUAUAGCCUUUUCCCCAGACCCACAGCUAGGAUAUUUUGCUGUAGGAGCAUUGAAUGGGUCUACAACAAUAUGGGAUACAGGGAAGAAAAUGAUCCGCCAUCACUGCGCCAAAGCUGAUGACGAAAGUAGCUCCGGCGUAACGAAGAUCAUUUGGAUAAAAGACCAAAUAGUUGCCGGGUGUUUGGAUGGUUCCCUGCGUGUUUACGACGCGAAGUCGGGUGAACGAAAGUUUGUGCUGACUGGACAUUGUUCCCAAGUACUAGAUUUGUGCUACAAUGCAAAGGAAAACAUUAUACUAUCAACAUCGAACGAUGGUACUGCUAGAAUAUUUAAGUAUACAGAGAAAAGUGAAAAUGACUAACUUUAUUGUUGCUAUUAAAUGUACCUAUAUAUUUUUAUGGACAAUAUUUAUAUACUUAAGUCUAUUACCUAUAAUAUCGAUAUAAAGUACAGAUUGAUUAACCUGAGCAGGUUCACAGUACUCACACAAACGCAACUUUAUUAUAUUACAGCAUGUUUAAAAAAAUCGAUUUAUUAUUAUUUUAAUAAGGUUAUGCCCACGCUGUUGGUGCGCUGCGUGCCGCGAUUUUAGAGAUCAAUGGUACCGAUUCUGUUGUCUAUCUCUAAACUAAAUUUAGAGUAUCUGCGUCCUCCUCCUUUUAAUAUUGUUGGAAAGGGACAGAACAUGAAUUUUACAUUUAAAGACUCUAAAUUUUAGUGCACGCUAUAAA